AUGGGCAAUCAUCAUAGCCAGUCUUACUCCCUCUCAGAAUGCAGUCAACAGUUGCCCAAAGGGGACACCCAACCCUCGGCAGCCGUGAAACCUGUCAGCCACCCAUCAGGGACUGGAAACCCAGAGGCCCCAAAGCCCGCCAAAGAGAGAAGUCAUCAGGGUUUCGAUGUGGAUCGAGAUGCCAAAACGCUGUACAAAGCCUGCAAAGGAAUGGGAACAAAUGAAGCCCCCAUCAUUGAAAUCUUAGCAAGCAGGACCUCGAACCAGAGGCAGCAAAUAAAGCAGAAGUACAAGGCGAAGUAUGGCAAGGACCUGGAAGAGGUGCUCAAGGGUGAGCUGAGUGGAAACUUUGAGAAGACAGCCUUGGCUCUUCUGGAAAGGCCCAGUGAAUAUGCCGCCCGACAACUGCAGAAGGCUAUGAAGGGUCUGGGCACAGACCAGGCUGUGCUCAUCGAGAUCCUGUGCACAAGCACCAAUAAGGAAAUCGGUGCCAUCAAAGAGGCUUACCAAAGGCUAUUUGACAGGAGCCUUGAAUCAGAUGUCAAAGGUGACGUAAGUGGCAACCUAAAGAAGAUUCUGGUGUCCCUGCUGCAGGCAAAUCGUGAUGAAGGAGAUGAAGUGGACAAGGAUCUGGCUGGUCGGGAUGCCAAAGAUCUGUAUGAUGCAGGGGAAGGCCGCUGGGGUACUGAUGAGCUUGCCUUCAAUGAAGUCCUGGCCAAUAGGAACUACAAGCAGUUACAAGCCACCUUUCAAGCCUAUCAGAUUCUCAUCGGCAAAGACAUAGAAGAAUCCAUUAAAGAAGAAACAUCAGGAGACUUGCAGAAGGCCUACUUAACCCUGGUGAGAUGCGCUCAGGACCUGGAUGGCUAUUUGGCCGACUGUCUGUAUAAGUCCAUGAAAGGUGCAGGGACCGAUGAGGAAACGCUAAUCCGCAUCUUGGUGACCAGGGAUAAGGUGGACCUACAGGGCAUAAAGGCCAAGUUCCAGGAGAAGUAUCAGAAGUCUCUCUCUGACAUGGUUCGCUCGGACACCUCUGGGGAUUUCCAGAAAUUGCUGCUGGCCCUCUUGCACUGA